AUGGCGGGGGCCGUAUCGACUCCCACCGGUCCGGUGCUAAAGGCCGGCACCUUUUUACCACCGGAUACACCGCUGGAGCUAAAGGAACGGCUGCCCUACGUCAGCCGCGGCGGCGUGAAGCUGGCCCACGCUCUGGAUACCUGGGCUGAACACUUCGGCAUACCGCUGGACGGCAUCGUCGCACUGGACGCGGGGGCGUCGACGGGAGGGUUCACCGACUGCCUGCUGAAGGGGGGAGCGCGGCGUGUUUACGCGGUGGAUGUGGGACACGGGCAGCUGCACUAUCGUCUGCGCACCGACCCGCGAGUGGUGUGCAUGGAAAAGGUAAACGUGCGCCACCCGUUCCUACUGCCCGAGCCGGUCGAUAUGCUGGUGGUGGACGUAUCGUUUAUAUCGCUGACGAUGGCCCUGCCCGAGCCUUUGACCCACCUGCGUACGGAUGGAUACGGCAUCGUUCUGAUCAAACCCCAGUUUGAGGCCCGGCGUGGAGAGGUCGGCAAGGGCGGUAUCAUUCGCAGCGAUGCGUUGCGAAAUGACAUACUGACGAGGGUUACCGACUGGCUCGGGGCGCGUCCGGAGAUUCGUUUGCUGGACACGAUAGACUCGCCCAUCACGGGGGAUGCCGGCAACCACGAAUUCCUGGCGCUAUUGCGAAAAGUAGAAACACAGCCAAGUUAG